AUGAUGUCUAAAUGCAAGUCUUGUAAUGAUGAGGGUUUCCUAACAUGUCCUUUAUGCCAGAAAACAACAUAUUGCUCUAAAAAAUGCAGAGAUUACGAUUGGUAAUGAUAUGAAUACUAAUUAAGAGGGCUGUUUCUCAUAAAUCUGAAUGCAAAGCAGAACUACCCAAGAGAAAUGUAUCCGAUUUCGAAAUAGUGAACUAAGGAUCACUAGGAAGAGGAAGUUUUGGAUGUGUGAAAUUGGCUCGUGAUAGAUAGACAGGUUUAUUGUAUGCCUUGAAAAUAGUAAAUUAAGUUAUUAUUUAUAGAUUGAAAAAUCAGAUAUUUCUAUAGAAAAUCUAAGAAGAGAAAUACGGAUACAAAAAAAACUUCAGCAUCCUCAUGUGAUUCAGUUAUUUGAAUUUUUUGAAGAUGAACAAUACGUUUAUUUAGUUUUGGAGUAUGCAGGUAAUAAAUCACAUUUCAACAUAGAAAAUGGUUCAUUGUUUGGUUAUCUGAGAAAGAGAAAGAUUUUAUCUGAAAAUGAAGCUUUUGUGUACUUCUUUUAAACAUGUCUUGGUAUCGAUUACCUGCAUAAAAAAUAAAUUAUACAUAGAGACUUAAAACCUGAGAACCUAUUACUUGACAAGGAUGGAAAUAUUAAAAUUUGUGAUUUUGGAUGGUCUGCAGAGAUGAUGAUAACUUAAACACGAAAUACGUUUUGUGGCACUAUAGAUUAUAUGACGCCGGAGAUGUUAGAGGAUAAGCCUCAUGAUUAAACUCUUGAUAUGUGGUGUUUGGGAGUGUUACUUUAUGAGUUAAUUCAUGGACAAGCUCCAUUUAAAGGGAGAAAUGAUUUUGAAAAAUGUUAAAAUAUUUUAAAGUAAGAGUAAUUUGAAAUUAAAGCAAGUGAUUAAGUAAUUUAUUAUAUAACGUUUUAGGCCAAAGAUUUGAUUUUAGGACUUAUGAAAAGAGAAUCUAAAGAUAGAUUGAAUAUGGAUUAAGUAUUUGCACAUCCUUGGAUGUUGACUAUGGCUAGGGAAUAUAAAUUAGAAAUUAAAGAAUAUAUUUUUGAGGAGAAGAAGAAUCUAGAUCAAUUAAACAAUAGUCUCAGAUUAGAUACUAAAUUUUCAAACACAAAUACAAAUACAACCAGGCUGUCUGGUUCAAAUAUUAAAUAAGAAUGCGUUUCAUUAGCAUUUUCUAUGUAUUCUGAUGAAUAGUAGCCUCCUAUACAAACUAGAAUCACGAGAAGAACACAGCAUCCUGUAAGGAAGGAAAGUGGUUUCUUUGAAACCCUUUUUGAAAAUCUUGGUUGCACGAAAAGAAGUUGA